AUGGAGCCCCGGCAGGCGGACGUGUCCAUCCCGCUGCAGUCCUCCGGCUGGGGGGCGGCCGCCCCCGGGCCCCGCUCCGAGCCGCAGCCCCGGGACUACGUGCUCUGGUCGGUGUUCAAUGUGCUGCUGUGGUGCGCCCUGGGCGGGCUGGGCUGCUGCGGCUUCCCCGCGCUCGUCUGCUCCGUCAAGGCCCGUGACUGCAAGCAGGCGGGGGACCUGGAGGGUGCGCGGCGCCACAGCCACCGCGCCAGGGUGGCCAACAUCGUCUGCUCCGUGGCGGUGGCCCUCGUCUGGCUCAUCUUCAUCGUCAUCGCCGCCACCUUCAUGUCCCGAUUCAGGCACACCUGACCGGCGCCCGGCCCCACCCGCGGGGUGCUGCCCCCUCCUCCUGCCUCCAAAAUGUGCCCGCCCGGGGCGCGGGGGCGCAGGGAGUGACCCCGCUGUCCCCGCUGUCCCCGCACGGCCGCGGGACGGGACGGGACGGGGCGGCCAGGCUGGGGCGUGGGGGACAGGGGACAGCCCCCCACUCCCCCGCUUGGCUGCGCUCACACGCUCCCUGGCACCUGUGACACACCUGCGGGUCACUGCACCUGUGACACACCUGUGGGUCACCGCUGCCACCGAUGGGGUUCUUCCCCUCGCUGUCACCUCCUCCACCGCGGGACAUCGCGGAGAGAGAGUCCUCGGGCAUCCUUGCGGCGUCCUCCUCCUCCUCCUCCUCCUCCUCCUCCUGCUCCCAUCCCUGCCUCCAUCCCGCCGCGGAGCAGGGCGCUUCCAGCCCAAAUCCCAUCUGGGAUGUUAUAGAUACAUAUUAUAAUAUUGGCUUUUCACAAACAUUAAAAUAGAUUUUAUAUGUGUAGCGUUAUAACAAAGUUAUACACCACACAUUUUAUACGUGUAGUGUAUAACUCUGUUAUAAAUAUAUAGUUUUUAUUUCUGCUGUUAAUUAAGCUUGGGCAUUUUGGUAAAACAGCUAAGAUAAGCAUGCUUGUGUUAAAAUGCCUACUUAGAUGAGAUAACAUCCAAUAAACAAAUAAAAAAAGA